CGGCGGCGCCAGCCAAUGAGGAGGCGGCGCGGCGAGGCCGGCAGCCAAUGAGAGAGCGGCCAAUGUAAUGAGGAGGCGGUGUGGCGAGGCGCUCGCCGUCGCGGCCGCUGAGGGGAAGAGAGAGGCGGGGGCGGCUUUCUGGAGCCCUGUGGAGCCUCCAUCAUCAUCAUCGGGGUCAUACGAUUGAUUGAUUUUCAGCUCCAAGGGGUGACCCGUACAUUUGGAUAAUGGAAGCAGAUACGUCCGUCAACAUGUUUUCCAAAGUCUUGGAGAAUCAGUUGCUCCAGACCACUAAACUGGUAGAAGAGCAGCUGGAUUCGGAAAUUCAGAAACUGGACCAGAUGGAUGAAGAUGACUUGGAACGCCUCAAGGAAAAGAGACUCGAAGCGCUAAAGAAAGCCCAGCAACAGAAACAAGAGUGGCUCUCCAAAGGACACGGGGAAUACCGGGAAAUUCCUAGCGAGCGAGACUUUUUUCAGGAAGUCAAGGAGAGCAAAAAAGUGGUUUGCCAUUUCUACAGAGAUUCCACAUUCAGGUGUAAAAUAGUAGACAAGCAUCUGGCACUGCUGUCCAAGAAGCAUCUCGAGACCAAAUUUCUGAAGUUAAACGUAGAAAAGGCCCCCUUUCUGUGUGAAAGGCUGCGGAUCAAGGUCAUCCCCACUCUAGCUCUGGUGAAAGAUGGGAAAACGCAAGAUUACGUGGUCGGUUUUACGGAUUUAGGCAACACAGAUGACUUCACCACAGAGACCUUAGAAUGGCGACUGGGCUGUUCCGAUAUUCUUAACUACAGCGGAAAUUUGAUGGAACCACCUUUCCAGAGUCAGAAGAAAUUCGGCACCAACUUCACAAAGUUGGAAAAGAAAACCAUCCGUGGAAAGAAAUACGAUUCAGACUCCGAGGAUGACUAGAACUCAGCCAAAAAAAAGCCGCCAGUCGUCUCUUGUGUUUUGCUUAAUUCCACCUUGGGAAUCUAAAGCGUUCUUGUUCUCACUACAUUUGCACUUAGUGAUCAUUUUCUAUACAGUUUUAUACCACUGAGUCACUUAGAAAGACAUCUCACAUAUAUUCUCUGUGGCGGUCAUUUUUAAGUUGAAAAAACACCUGAGCUCUUUUGAUUGAAUGGGUUAUCUCGCAAGUGACUGAAUACUCCGUGUUGGUAGGCUUCAGAGUUUGAUUUCCCCAGCGUGUUUCCGAUAGCCUAACUUUUUAUACUUUCCGGCUCCUAAAUUUCCACGUGCCGAAAGAGUCUUCAGUUCUAGAACAUUUCAAAUGAGCUGCGAAAAGAAUGCCUCUAUAACAACACUGGACCCUGCAGGUCUAAGGCAGUCGCUUUCAAGAGGGAACCAAGACCACCUCGGCUGGAAGGAGCGAUUUCGGCAUUCUGGGGCCGGGUGUCCGGGGAUCCGAGACAGAGGCCGUGAGGGAGAAACACCAGCGGGAAUCAGCAAGAUGCAAGGGGAAAAAGCAAACAGAAUUUCAUUUCCCUUGAGAGAGAAUCGGUCAGCUGGUAUUUAUUGAGCCCUUACUGUGUUCCGAGCACUGAACUGAGCACUUGAGAGGGCACUGUACGACUGGGAUUCCCUUCAGACUUCCACACCCUCCGCCCAUGAGCCACUUUGACCCCUUCACUCUCUUUCCUAAGAUGUGGCCCUCACUUGGUAUUCAUUAGUCCAAACACCAAUAAAUCGCGCUGCUAAGCAGGCCUCCUCCAGGGCUUUGAAGGGUUUGUGCAGGUGCCCAGCCUUGCAAUAAAUUUCUGAACCUCUCUCACACUCCUAUUGGUUUGGGUUUUUAAUCGACCUCAGUUAAUAAAUAAAAAUAAAGUUAUUUGAACACAAAAGCUGA